CCCCCAUGCCCUUUGCCCGAUUGCUAUUGAUCGUUAGGUACAUGCACGGGCUUGGACGCCGCAUUUGCGGUCCGCACAGCGCAGGGUACGGCCCCAUAUGAGUCACACACGCGGCGAGCCGGCCGAUCAUUCAAGAUCGGAAUCUUUAUGCCUGUAUUCUCGAAGAAAUUACUACCGCGAUAUCAUCCAUCUUCCUGUCAAAUUUAAGCUACCAAGUCCGAUUUGGCAGUGUCAGCAAAGUCUACCUAUCGAGCUCUUCAGCUGGAUCUUACAAGAUGUGAGACCCGACGACGUUCUCAACUUGCGUCUGGUCAGUACCCUGAUAUGUCAUAAGGCCACCGAGACGAAAUUCAAGCGUCUAGUCCGGAGCUUGACAGUCGAGGUCUCCAAAUGGUCACUGCAGUCCUUCGUUGAGAUUACCAAGAAUCCUUCAUUAAGUUCCUACGUCAAGGAUGUUACCGUCGUCGGCCUCGUCUACGAUUGGGCAGACCUCUACCGCAGGUCGUCGCGCCCUCGAACAAUUCCAAAGCUUGCCCUCGGCGUAGGGACCAUAAUGCAUCAAAUCGACCAAUUGGAAUGCGGAAUGAUCGGGCCAGAACAAGCCCAGAGUGACAUCACUACCCUGCGGUGGGCAAACUGUAAUCUGGAGAAUUUGCACCGGAAAGGCCGUGACGUCGAGCUCAUGCGAGCGGCAUUCUCGAACAUCGCCGCUGUUAGUCCCUCGGGACUGCAAAGCUUGUCACUUGAAGUGGCAGUAUAUCACGAUAACGCGGGAAACACUGCGCGAGCAUUCGAAAGAUUUAAGACGCCAUGGGAGCUGUUCUUUGGAGCAGCUUGUCGUACCUUCAGACUCGCCAUGGCAGCUUUAAAAGGUUCAUCGCUCAAAGUCAAGUCCCUCACCAUUUUCAACAAUAUCCCAUCUACUCUAGCGUACAGCUUACCCUGUAUAGAACUUGGUAAACUCGAUUGGAAUGCACUGGUUCAGUCUCAGACACUGAGAGGCUUGAAGAAACUGUCUCUCAGUAUCUCUGAUCAAAUCCCGCGGUCGACUGAGGAAGUUGAUGACUCCAAGAUUGCCGAGCUCCUGAGUCCAGCAAAUUAUAGUGGUCUCCCUAGAUUGCUUCUAGCAUGUCCAGAAAUUGAGGAUCUCUACGUAUCGAUAUACCGCAUCCCGGCAAUCACGAUUGGAAAAGAGUCGUUCGAUGUAUACGACUCGAAGAAGGAAAGACGUGCUAAGGAGGCAAAGGCUGCACGAGACAAGCGCGCAUAUAAUGGUGCUCAGCAGGCCAUGUGGCAGCGGCAGACUUUUCAACUCAUGCACUUCAAACUUCAUUGCCUCAGAAUAGUACGUUUUGGAGGAUUCACUGUCACAACAGCAGACUUUGCUCUGUUCCUGAGAAACCAUAAAACUACGAUUCAGUCACUUGUACUACAUCAUAUUAGACUCAAGGGGGACCCACUGUCGAUGAUCACAAGAGUCAUCGCGGGUGAGAUGUCAGCUCUGCUCGAGAUCAGACUGCAAGACAUCACAGAACGAUACUUCAGUCCGCCAGAGGACGAAGACGGAUACUCGGAGGGUGAAGACGGGUGCUGGAGGCAUGGGCUGGCAUUAUUCCGGGUGGGAGACGAAGUUCUACAUUAUACAGAACUCAGCGGAGUCCACAACAAUCGGAACAUCAUUCGGUGCUGGGGAUCUGACGUGAAGAAGGAGAUCAAAUACAAUCAUGAAUCCGGCAUGCGUCGCAACAAUCGCCAAUUCGGUCGCGAUCGCGAUCCCAAGUUCCGGGAUGGGGAAUGCAAUAAGUGGGACAGACUACAGUUUGGUGCUCGGUUCGAGGAUAUAGAUGAGUAGACCAUAUACACGAGAGUUCCAUUGUUGUCUUUACACGCGUGUUACUGUCGAUUUGGAUAUGAUAUGAUCUACUUAAUAAACUCCAUGACCCAUCCUCACA